AUGCGCCAUCGAAAUAUCAUCAAGCUUUUUGGAUUUUGUUCUCAUACAAGAUACUCAUAUCUGGUCUAUGAGUUCAUGGAAAGGGGAAGUUUUGUUAAGAUUUUGAGUAAUAAUGUUCAGGCGGUGGAGUUGGAGUGGACAAAGAGAGUGAAUGUUGUCAAAGGUUUAGCAAAUGCCAUAUCCUAUAUGCACUAUGAAUCUUGCCCAGCUACACUCCGUAGAGACAUAUCAAGUAAGAAAGUUUUGUUGGAUGAUGAAUAUGAAACUCACAUCUCUGACUUUGGUUAUGCUACGACUUUGGACAUGAAGUCAUCAAAUUGGACGCCAUUUGCAGGAACCUUUGGCUAUUCAGCCCCAGAUAAGUGUUCCAUCAAAUUGACACUUUUAUGUUAA